AGCACGAUGGCAAGGCGCCAUUCCAGCCUGGGUCUAUUAACUAUUUUCCUUCCGAUCCUCUUGGCUCAAAUUUGUCUGGCCGAAAAGCCCUACAGUGUGGAGCUAAAUACCUUUGAACGAGACCAAUCCAUCGAUAAUCAGGACAAAUGGGUCGACUGGGGAACUCUGAGGAUGAAAAAGAUCGGACGGAACCAAUUUGCCGUAUCUGGGGAUUUUGAAUUCAAACUUAAUAUGGGUGAUGAGCAGAAGAUUACUCUUCGGGUGUUUGUCUACGAUUCGAAAGCCAGUCGAAAGGGUCCGUUGGUGAUGAAUGUGAACAAGCCCUUCUGCAAGUUCAUCAAGGAGGACGAGGACACCUAUCCACAUAUACAGAAGGUCUCCAAUUUGCCGGAGCAGGGAAAAUGUCCUUUUCCAAAGGGCAAAUACACUAUUGAUAAGUACGAGAUGGAGACCAAUUUUCUGCCGGACAAUGCUCCCAAGGGAGAUUAUCUGCUGCAGUUAUCCUUGCAGGAUCGUGAUAUCCCAGUGGCUGGACUUGUGGCCACUGUCACCCUGACUUAGGUUGGUUUUUUUUUUUGUAAUAUAUUUUAUAGUGGUUUUACGGGUGGAUCCAAUUGACACGACAAGCGUUCUUCUUUUCGAAUUUACUUUUACUUAGACCAUCAAUAUAACGAC